AUGGUGAGCUCAGAUAUCUCAACCGCCUCUCCUAGAAAGCUGGAGGGCAAAGUGGCAAUCAUCACCGGCGGAGCUAGCGGCAUAGGCGAGAGCACCGCCAGGCUGUUCGUCCACCACGGAGCCAAGGUCCUCAUCGCCGACGUUCAAGACAAACUCGGACAGUCCCUCGCCAUGGAUCUCGGCCCGCCGGAGAUCGUCUCCUUUGUCCACUGCAACGUUACAAGUGAUUCUGACCUUGAGAAUGCCGUUGAUACAGCGGUGUCAAGGUACGGCCAGCUAGACAUCAUAAGUGGCGACUUGUCUUACGCAUACAAGGCUUCCAAGCAUGCUAUUUUGGGGCUCAACAACAACUUGACCGUGGAGCUGGGCAAGUACGGCAUCAGGGUCAACACCAUUUCUCCCUAUGGAGUGGCCACUCCCAUGGUCACAAGCGGCAUGCAAAUGGACAAGAAGGCUGCUGAGGAAUUCAUGUCCGCCGCUGGAAACUUGAGAGGGGCUAUCCUCGAACCCGAGGAUGUUGCUCGGGCUGCCUUAUACUUGGCCAGUGACGAUGCAAAAUACGUGAGCGGAUUGAAUUUGAUAGUUGAUGGAGGCCACAAUCACAACCAUCCGCUUUUUGGUGCAACAGAUUCGCUUGCCAACUGA